CAGCAUUUCAAGAGCGGUGAAAAUUUUACCAAACAGACGUUGGAAACAAUCAUCUUGUCCCGCUUGCCAUCAUCCUUAUCGGUGCGCUCGUGAAUUGAAUUGCCGGCGGAUUCACCGAAAAUUGGUUCGUUUCUACUACUGUCCUGCAAGCAGAUUGUCUCGAUUACUAUCGAUCGCAAAAAUGGCCCUCAACAAGCUAAGCAUUGAAAAUGUCGAUCUGAAGGGCAAACGGGUGUUUAUGCGUGUCGAUUUUAACGUCCCAAUCAAGGAAGGCAAAAUUACCAGCAAUCAGCGUAUUGUGGCCGCAAUCGAUAGCAUUAAGUUUGCGCUCGAAAAGGGUGCAAAAUCCGUUGUGCUUGCGUCCCAUCUCGGUCGUCCGGAUGGUAACAAAAACACCAAGUACACGCUGGCUCCGGUUGCGGACGAGUUGAAAAAGCUGCUCGGGCGUGAUGUAACGUUUCUGAACGAUUGCGUCGGUGCCGAGGUGGAAGCGGCCUGCAAGGAUCCAGCGGUCGGUUCGGUUAUUCUGCUGGAAAAUGUCCGCUUCUACGUGGAGGAGGAAGGCAAGGGUGUCGACGCUAGUGGCAAUAAGGUCAAAGCAGACAAAGAUAAGGUGAAAACAUUCCGCGAAAGUUUGGCCAAGCUGGGCGAUGUGUACGUGAAUGACGCGUUCGGAACGGCCCACCGUGCCCACAGCUCGAUGAUGGGCGAGGGUUACAGCCAGCGGGCGGCCGGUUUGCUGCUGAACAAGGAGCUUCGCUACUUCUCGCAAGCCCUUGACAACCCACCGAGACCGUUCCUGGCCAUACUGGGCGGCGCGAAGGUGGCGGACAAGAUUCAACUGAUCGAGAAUCUGCUGGACAAGGUGAACGAGAUGAUCAUUGGCGGUGGCAUGGCAUUCACCUUCCUGAAGGUGCUGAACAACAUGGAGAUCGGUGGUUCGCUGUUCGAUGCCGAGGGUGCUAAGAUCGUACAAAACCUCGUCGACAAGGCAAAGAAGAACAAUGUGCAGCUUCAUCUGCCGGUCGACUUCGUGACGGGUGACAAGUUUGCGGAGGAUGCCGCCACCGGUACGGCCACGGUCGAAGGUGGCAUUCCGGCCGGUCAUCUCGGGCUGGACAUUGGUCCGAAGUCGCGCGAAGCAUUCGCGGCACCGAUCGCACGUUCGAAGAUUAUCGUUUGGAACGGUCCGCCCGGUGUGUUCGAGUUUCCGAACUUUGCCAACGGUACGAAGGCGCUGAUGGAUGGCGUUGUGGCCGCUACGAAGGCGGGCACAGUGUCGAUUAUUGGCGGUGGUGAUACGGCUUCGUGCUGUGCCAAGUGGGGCACCGAAUCGCAGGUUUCACACGUAUCAACCGGUGGCGGUGCAUCGCUGGAACUGCUCGAGGGCAAAGUACUGCCGGGUGUUGACGCACUGAGCAGUGCGUAAAACGGGCGGAUGUUACUCUCAGCUAAGCAUUAAAGUCACUCUCGUUAUUAUAAUUAUGUACUGUAGCAAGUGUGUGUGUGUGUAUUGCAACCAUGUCGUUAAACUAUCCAUCAGCCGAUUCACAGGAGGAACGAGCAAACCGACGAUUAGUCGAAAACACAGCCACAAAGAUAUGGUUCGUUCGAGUAUCGUUGUAAAAGAAUAAAACGUCUAUAGUCAACAA